UCCACAUUUAACCUUUUCUCUGUACCUUCCUUCUCCUCACACAAACAAACCCAUUUCACACUUAAAAAAAAAAAAACAAAAAAGUCAAAAGCCAAAAUCAAAGAUGAACCAACAAAAAAACCAAAAACCCCAUUUCUAAAAAUCAAAACUUUAUCAUCGUACAACAACCCUUUAACCUCAAAACCAUGUCUUCAUCACUGUUCCUUCUCUUCUUCAUAGUUUUCGCUUUCUGGGUCACUUUAUCUUCAUCUCAAGUUGAAGAAGACAACGUAAGAUGUCUCCAAGGUAUUCAACAAAACCUAGGAAACUCCGAUAGUCCUAUCUCAAACUGGAAAUUCAACAACAGAACCGUUGGUUUCAUCUGUGAUUUUGUUGGUGUUACAUGUUGGAAUGUUAGAGAGAAUCGUGUCUUGGGUUUGGAGUUGAAAGGUAUGAAGCUUUCUGGUAAGAUUCCUGAGUCUUUGAAGUAUUGUGGUCAAAGUUUGCAAAGAUUGGAUCUUGGUUCAAAUUCAUUGAGUUCAGUGAUUCCAACUCAGAUCUGUGAAUGGAUGCCUUUUUUGGUAACUAUGGAUUUAUCUGGUAAUAAUUUGAAUGGUGAAAUUCCACAUACUAUUGUGAAUUGUUCUUAUUUGAAUGAGUUAAUGUUGGAUAAUAAUCAUUUGACUGGUAGUAUACCUUAUGAGAUUACUAGUUUAACUAGGUUACAUAAGUUUAGUGUUGCUAAUAAUGAAUUAAGUGGUGAUAUACCAUCUUUUUUUAAUGGUUUUGAUAAGGAUGGUUUUGAUGGGAAUAGUGGUUUAUGUGGUGGUCCACUUGGAUCAAAGUGUGGUGGUAUGAGUAAGAAGAAUUUGGCUAUAAUUAUUGCUGCUGGUGUUUUUGGUGCUGCUGGUUCUUUGUUGGCUGCUUUUGGUUUGUGGUGGUGGUAUCAUUUGAGGUUGGGUGGGGAGAGGAGGAGGAGUAAGGAAGGGUAUGUUGUCGGCGGGGUUGAUGAUUGGGCGGUUAGGUUGAGAGGUCAUAAGCUUGCUCAAGUUAAUCUUUUUCAGAAACCGAUUGUUAAGGUGAAGCUUGGUGAUUUGAUGGCUGCUACGAAUAAUUUUAGUAAUGAGAAUGUUCUUAUUACGACUAGGACAGGGGCGACUUAUAGGGCGGAUCUUCCGGAUGGUUCGACGCUUGCGGUGAAGAGGUUGAGUAGUUGUAAGAUUGGGGAGAAGCAGUUUCGGAUGGAGAUGAAUCGGUUGGGACAGGUUAGGCAUCCAAAUUUGGCGCCUUUGUUGGGGUAUUGUGUUGUGGAAGAGGAGAAGCUUUUGGUUUAUAAGCAUAUGUCGAAUGGGACGCUUUAUUCGUUGUUGCAUAAGAAUAGUGGUGUGUUGGAUUGGUUGAUGAGGUUUAGGAUUGGGUUGGGAGCGGCUAGGGGACUUGCGUGGUUGCAUCAUGGGUGUCAUCCUCCGAUUAUACAACAGAAUAUUUGUUCGAAUGUGAUUCUUGUCGAUGAAGAAUUCGAUGCUCGGAUAAUGGACUUUGGACUUGCCAGGCUUAUGACUUCUGAUGCCAAUGGUAGUUUUGUGAAUGGAGAUUUGGGGGAACUCGGUUAUAUUGCUCCUGAGUAUUCGAGUACAAUGGUUGCUUCUUUGAAAGGGGAUGUGUAUGGAUUCGGAGUUUUACUUUUGGAGUUGGUCACAGGGUGCAAACCUCUCGAGGUGAAUAACAUCGACGAAGAAUUUAAAGGUAACUUGGUGGAUUGGGUGAAUAUGCAUUCAAGUUCUGGCAGACUCAAGGACUGCAUCGAUAGAUCGAUAAGUGGAAAAGGUAACGAUGAGGAGAUUUUGCAGUUUCUGAAAAUCGCAUCCAAUUGUGUCAUUGCUCGUGCGAAAGAUAGGUGGUCUAUGUACCAAGUUUAUAAUUCUUUGAAGGGAAUUUCCAAAGACCACAGUUUCUCCGAACACGAUGACGAAUUUCCCUUGAUCUUUGGCAAGCCAGAGAAUGAGCCGGCUUAGUUCCUGAACGAGCCGCAGGAGAAUAUGUUAAACCGAGUUCUUACUGAGUUUCUAAUUAUGGUGAAGAGUUUUCAGAAUGAUCCUAAAUCCGUAUGUUCAUGGUUGACCCUAAUCAGGUAUAAUUGUACUUGUAUGAUAUAAUAAUCUUUCUGGUAGAUUAGGUUAUUGCGGUUUAUGAAAUCUAAUAUGUUUCGAUCUUUGUCGUCUAAGAUAUUUCGAGUGUGUUUUAAGAUUUGAAUCCAAAAACAUAUGUCCCCUCUGGACAUGAAAAUUGGAUGUCUACUUGUUCUCUGUAAAGAUGUCUUAUUAAGAUUAUUAAUCUUUUAUUGUGAUUUGCAAAUAUAUCUUAUCAAGAUGAUUCAUUCAUCUAGACCUAUUUGAUUGGAAA